AUUUAUAUAUAUAUAGAGAGAGAAAGAUAAAAGAAAUUUUCAUCAAUUCUCAUCUUUAAUAUAGUGCUUAAUUUGUGUGCUACUACAGAAUAUUAUUAACAAGGAUGGGAGAGGGUUCUUCUAUGGAGAAGAAGAAGAUUGCAUGGCCUAAAGAUAUUGAUUUCAUUGAUUUGGUUCUCAAAUGGUCUAUCAAAGAUAUUUUUGAUGAGACUUUGUAUCAAUUUCAGGUGGAGAAGAUUCCUGAAUCAUUUGAUUCAGUGGAUCAUUACUUGAGUUCUUUCUUCUUUCCCUUACUCGAAGAAACGCGAGCGUAUAUUGCUGCUUCCUUGAAAGACAUAGUCAAAUCACCAUUUGCUGAAUUAAUAUCCUUUGAUGAAGUAAAGCCAAAUGGAUCAUUGGUUUUUGAUGUUGAGGUUGACUAUUGGAGGAACAGAUGUUGUGAUGGUUGGAUUCCUUAUAGGACAUCACCGGGAGAUAUUGUUGUUAUCUCGAAUGUUAAACCUGAAUCUGCAGAUGACCUGCAGCAAUCGGGAUAUUGGACAUUUGCAUCUGUUACUGAGGUCUAUGAGAAUGAUGCAUUGGUUAAUUUUAAAGUCAGAGUUCCUCCAGGUAGUGGAACUGUUAAGGGAAUGCGACGAUCAUGCCACGUAGUGUUUUUGGUGAAUGUAAUGCCGAAUAAGAGAGUAUGGAACACGUUGCGUGUGAGAGGGAAUUUGAAUAUGAUUGAGAAAGUCCUGUGCCCCGUGCAUGAGAUCGAACAGAAAUGUGAUGUUUGUUCAGAAUAUGAUGCACCUGUUGGAGAAGUUACGUCUAGCCUGUUGUCCAAGUUGAACGAUUCCCAGGCUAAUGCAAUCUUUACAUCUCUAGCCACAGUGAGAUGUCACCACAAGGCUUCCGUUGAACUUAUCUGUGGUCCACCUGGUACUGGAAAGACUAGGACAUUAAGUGUAAUGCUUGUUGCGCUGCUGCAUAUCAAGUGUAGAACCGUUACUUGUGCCCCGACAGAUGUAGCAACAGCCCACGUUGCUUCGCAGUUGGUUAAACUGAUCCGGGAGUCAUCUAAGAAUGAAUUUGAUGGCUUUUGUCCUUUGGGUGAUAUUCUCUUGUUUGGGAAUAAGAACUGUGAGGAUGGUGAAUAUAUCACGGAGAUUUCCCUUGAUUAUCGUGUUGACAGGCUGGCAGAGUGCCUUGCACCAACGACUGGUUGGAAUGACUGUUUAAGUUAUAUGAUUAGUUUUCUGGCGGAACUCGGUGAGCAAGAGGUUGAUUUUUCCCCAGCUCGGUUUACUUCGACAGCUUCAUCUCUCCGAAGAUGCAUGCUUAUGAUCUGUACACAUGUACCUAUACAGUUUCUUCGAAAAGAAAAUGUUGACAGAAUGGUGGACGCUCUCUCCUUGCUCUAUUCUCUCGAGAGGAUGCUCUUUUCUCGUCAGCAACCAUUUGUACCGUCUUUAGUUAUCCGGUCCCUUGUUCUUCUGAAAGAUCUUCAGCAAUCUCUCCGGACACUGCAUUUUCCUAGUGCAACUAGUAAGGAUCUGAUAAUGGAGUUCUGUAUCCAAACGGCUUCCUCGGUGUUCUGCACUACUUCUACUUCAUAUAAGCUACAUUCUGUGGAAUCGAAGCCGUUUGACUUAUUGGUUGUAGAUGAUGCCGAACAGUUGAAGGAGUAUGAAGCAGUUAUACCCCUUCAACUUCGAGGUUUGAGGCAUGUAGUUCUAGCUGGAGAUGAGUUCCACCUGCCAGCAAUAGUUAAGAGUAGAAUUUCUCGUGAAGCUGGCUUCGGAAGAAGCUUGUUCAAAAGACUCGGUUCAUUUGGUCAUGUUAAGCACCUGCUUAACAUACAGUACAGGAUGCAUCCUUCAAUAAGCCGGUUCCCAAAUUCAAUUUUUUAUCGUAGGCAAAAACUUGAUGCAGCGGAUGUAAAGAGUAAAGCCUAUGAGAAAAUAUAUCUUACAGGACUGUCUUUUGGCCCGUACGCCUUUAUAAAUGUACCGUGGGGAGAAGAAGAGCUGGAUAAUCUUGGACACAGGCGAAAUUUGGUUGAGGUUGCGUUGGUAAUUCAAAUAGUCCAGAGCUUGUUCAAAGCUUGGAGUACCUCCAAGAAGAAACUUCGUAUUGGUGUUAUUUCACCGUAUGCUGCUCAAGUUUUGGCCAUACAAGAUAGACUUGGGCAGAAGUAUAAUAAUCAUGCAUAUUUCGAAGUUAACGUGAAGACAAUUGACGGAUUUCAGGGAGGGGAAGAAGAUAUUGUUAUAAUAUCUACCGUGAGAUCUAAUCAUGCUGGAUCCAUUGGCUUCUUGUCUAGUCUUCAUUGGACUAAUGUUGCUUUGACCAGGGCUCGACACUGUCUCUGGAUAUUGGGCAAUGAGAAAACGUUGCUGAACAGCAACUCCAUCUGGGAAGCACUAGUUCUCGAUGCCAAAGAUCGUCAGUGCUUCUUUCAUGCAGACGAAGAUACAGAUAUGAGAAAAACAAUAUUAGAUGUCAAGAAGGAACUGGAUCAAUUGGAUGAUUUUCUAAAUGAGGAUAGUAUUCUUUUCAAAGAACAAAAAUGGAAGGUAGUGUUCAGCGAGAAUUUUAGAAAAUCAUUUGGAAAGUUGACGUCUUCGUGCUUGAGAAAGUAUGUGUUAACUCUUCUGGUUAAGCUCGCAAGUGGAUGGCGCCCGAAGAGGAAGAAUGUGGACUUAGUUUGUGAAAAGUCGUCUCAUGUGGUAAAGAAGUUCAAAGUGGUGGAAGGGCGAUAUAUCGUUUGUACUGUUGAUAUUCAGAAAGAGUUCUUUUAUACACAAGUACUAAAGGUUUGGGAUAUUUUGCCUUUAGAGGAGUUUCCUGGAUUUUUGAGACGACUCGAUGCAAUAUGUUUGAUGUACACUAAGGACUUCAUCAACCUCUGUAAUGAGAAGUAUUUUGUAGGGGAUUUGGAAGUCCCAAUGUGUUGGGGGAUCCAUCGUGAGAUUAUUAAGUAUGAAAAGGAUACUGAGAGCAAAUUGAACCGUGACUCGUAUGGUGCAUAUGUUGAAAAAUCAAAAGUGAGUGAAAGCUUUUUGUUAAUGAAGUUUUACUCGUUAUCAUCUGGUGUUAUCACACAUUUUCUCUCCAAUCGCCAUGGUGAAGAAAUAGAUGUCCCUUUUGAAGUAACUAAUGAAGAAAAGGAGAUAAUCCUUUUCAGUAAAAGCAGUUUCAUACUUGGGCGCUCAGGCACCGGGAAAACUACUGUGCUGACAAUGAAGCUGUUCCAAAAAGAGCAACAACACCAUUGUGCUGUUCAUGGGUUUAACGUAGCGGAGGAAGCAAGAAUUGGAUUAUAUGAGGAAAAUGAAGAGAGUCAACAUAUUGGAGAGACUCGAAAGACUACCUUGCACCAGCUAUUUGUGACAGUUAGUCCUAAACUAUGUUACGCGGUCAACAAACAAGUUUCUCAGCUGAAAAGGUUUGCUUUUGGUGGAAGUUUCUAUGCAGAAAGCAGCUUCGAAGCUGAUGAUGUGGAUGGAAAGAUGCAGUUUAGGGACAUACCGAAUUCCUUUAUUGCCAUUCCAUACAGCAAAUACCCUCUUGUGAUAACAUUUCAUAAAUUCUUAAUGAUGCUUGAUGGGACAGUAGGUUCUUCGUACUUUGAUACGUUUAAUUUGGAGUGGAAAGUUUCCAAGGACAGAAGCUUGAGGUCAAUUGUCAUCGAAACAUUCAUCAGAGACAAGGAAAUCAAUUAUGACCGUUUUUGUUGCUUGUAUUGGCCUCACUUCAAACGUCAAUUGACGAUGAAUCUUGAUCCUUCAAGGGUCUUUACUGAAAUAAUGUCUCAUAUAAAAGGUGGGCUACUUGCUCGGGAUGGGAAGCUUAGCAGAGACGCUUAUGUUUCUAUGUCUAAAAGUCGUGUCUCAAAUUUAAGCUCAGAAAAGAGAGAGGGAAUAUAUGAUAUUUUCCAAGCUUACGAAAAGAAGAAGAUGGAGCGUGGUGAAUUUGAUAUAUCUGAUUUAGUUAAUGAUAUUCAUGUUCGACUAAAACAACAUCGUUUGGAUGGCGACAAAAUGGACUUUGUAUACAUUGAUGAAGUUCAAGAUCUGACAAUGAGGCAACUUUCUCUUUUCAAAUAUAUUUGUAGAAAUGUGGAUGAAGGGUUUGUUUUCUCGGGGGAUACCGCCCAGACCAUUGCAAAGGGAGUUGAUUUCCGGUUUGAGGAUAUAAGAAAUUUAUUCUACACUGAGUUUGUCGUGGACUCGAAGAGUGGCGCUAGAAGAAAAGAUAAAGGACAUUUAUCAUGUGUUUUUCAGUUGCUUCAGAACUUCCGUACACAUUCCGGUGUACUCAAACUUGCUCAGAGUGUGAUCAAUCUACUCAGUCAUUAUUUCCCUCAAUCUGUAGAUGUCUUAAAAUCUGAGACAAGUCUUAUAGAUGGUGCAGCUCCAGUGUUGCUCGAGCCCGGAGAUGGUGAAAAUGCUAUUGUAACUCUUUUUGGGAACAAGGGAAAUAAAAGUGGCAAAAUAGUAGGCUUUGGUGCGGAACAAGUAAUAUUAGUACGUGAUAAAUCCGCAAAGAAAGAAAUCUAUGGUUUAGUUGGGCAGAAAGCUCUUAUUCUGACCAUAGUUGAAUGCAAAGGGCUCGAAUUUGAGGAUGUACUCCUGUACAAUUUUUUUAGCUCAUCGCCACUCGGAAAUCAAUGGAGAGUUGUGUAUGAGUAUAUGAAAGAACACAGUUUAGCCUAUUUGUCCUUCCCAAGUUUCUGUGAUGCAAAACAUAAUAUCUUGUGUUCUGAAUUGAAGCAACUUUACGUGGCUAUUACUCGAACGAGGCAAAGAUUGUGGAUAUGUGAGAGUGUAGAUAAGUUUUCCAGGCCUAUGUUUGACUACUGGAAAAUGUUGUCUCUUGUGGAAGCAAAGAAUGUACAUUCAGUCACAGAUACUAUGCAAACUUUUAGCACUCCGGAGGAGUGGAAAUCGAGGGGAAUGAAGCUAUUUUGGGAGAAAAAUUAUGAGAUGGCACUUAUGUGUUUCAAGCAAGCGGGUGAAACGGGGUGGGAGAAAAGGACAAAGGCAGCUGUUUUCAUGGAAACUGCUGAACAAAUUCGUUAUUCAGAUCCCGAAAAGGCUCGUACCUGUCUUCUGGAGGCUGCUGAAAUAUUUUACUCUAUUGGCAGGUUUGAGUCUGCAGCGGAGUGUUUUUAUGACUCAAAAGAUUAUAGACAAGCAGGAAGUAUUUACUUGGACAAGUGUGGUGAACUAAUAAAGGCUGCUGAAUGUUUUACACUGGCUGGUCGCUUUAAGAAGGCAGCAGAGAUUUAUGCAAAAGGAAAUUAUUUCACAGAGUGUCUUUCAGUUUGUACCAAAGGAAAAUUUUAUGACUUAGGUCUGAAAUAUAUCGAUUCCUGGAAGCAAAACGCUUGUCAGCGUGAUAAUGUUGGGAAAAGUGCUGAUGGAAUUGAUGAAAUCAGGAAGGAGUUCUUGGAGAGUUGUGCAUCUAGCUCUUUUGUGCUUAAGGACAAAGAAUCUAUGAUGAAAUUUGUCAGAAUUUUCCCAUCGAUGGACUUGAAGCGCAAAUUCCUUAUGUCUCGAAAGUGCCUCGAUGAGUUGCUACUUUUAGAAGAAGAAUCAGGAAACAUUGCUGAAGCAGUAAAAAUCGCACAACUGAUUGGAAAUAUACUUUGUGAAGUUGAUCUUCUCGGGAAGAGAGGGGAUUUCGAUAAGGCUUGUUCACUCGUCCUUUUGUAUGUUCUCUCUUACUCCUUAUGGAUGGUUGGAAGCAAAGGUUGGCCUUUGAAAUCGUUCGUGCAAAAGGAGGAACUUUUACAGAAGGCGAUGACAUUCGCGAGGCAGGGAUCAAAUUUUGAAACCGUGUGCAUUGAGAUCAAGGUUUUAUCGAAUGAGUCGGGUGAUUGGUCUGACUUGAAGCAUAAUUUCAUUGCCUCUAAGAAAUGUAAAAGUUUCCUAGGUGAAAUUUUGUGCUGUAGAAAGAUCUUGGAUUUUCAUUUUCAAAAUGACGUAACAAAGUAUGUUUGGGAUGAUAAGUUAUUGGGUGCUCUAAAUGGUUCAGAAGAACUGAUUCUAAGCUACCCGGUUAGUGUUGGGACACUGCUUCACUUUUGGAAUUCAUGGAAGAAGAAUGUCGUUGACGUUCUUGAUUCUCUCGAGUGCCUUGGAGACGUUGAUUUUGGUGAAUUGAACGGAGUAGGCGAAUUCUGUUUAAAUUACUUUGGUGUUAGGCAGCAGUUGAAUGGUCUCAACGGUAAGUAUGUUCUGCUGCAUCCAGCAGCUGAAUGGGUGAAAAAUGUUCAGAACAUUGUCAUAAGACGGAACAAACAACUGGUAUUUGUUGAUGCUCAGCAUUUUAUCUCUGCUGUUCGUACUCAUUGGCAUACAGCAUUACUCGUAGUCGGUCUGAAGGUUCUCGAAACUCUUGCAUCCCUCUAUGAGUUGGCUGUAAAGUCGAUGCCUUUGUUUUGUCAAAGCAUGUGCCUACUAAAUGUAUACGAGAUUGCAGAAUUUUUAAGUGAGUCCAAACUUCAUGUCUUGAACAGUUUUGAGUUGAGAAUACAGAAUGUUCUGAUACUCAUGUCGACAAAGUACUUUGAAAAGGUAUUCCCCCUCGAUUCUCAACAGUCAAUGGUGGGACGCAUGAUUUAUCUAAGGAGAACAAGGCUUUCUUGUGACUUGCUUCAAGAAUGUAUUGUUCAGGAUAUAUGCACUAGUGAUCCUCUUAGCUAUGGACAGAUCGGUAGGAUGGUGGUCGUGUGCCUUGCUUGGGGAAAACUUCCCGAGGAGCUGUACAAGAAAAUUGUUGGAAGAAUCCCAUCAGAUGUUCCUUGGAAGUCGAUCAUUGAAAUUCUCUGUUGCAUGAAACAGAGAGAAUGUUGGGAAGAUUUUGAUCAGUCAGGUGAUUCUGUUGGAGGCCAAUCAUUGGAACUUCAAGAAGUUCUAUCGAGCAACGGUAAUCUUGAAUGUUCUGAGUUAUUGCUGAAAUAUUGUGAAGUUUUGCAGGAUACGUUUAGUGCGAAUUGGAAGAAAAAAGACGAGAAUUGGAUGAAAAUUGGAGACUGUUUAUCCCCUGUCUGCUUCUUAUAUCUUCUCGAGCAUCUCCUGUUUUUUGUAUCUCAGUAUCGUGGAAUCUUCUUCACGAUUAAAUCUUCCUUUGUGGAAUGGCUGAUAUCGGAGCAGUUUGAAUCCCGACCAACUUCCAGGAAUGAUGCUAACACAUCUGUUUUGGAUGAAUUUUAUGAUUCCAUUGUUGUGAUGGUACAACAACUCAUUUAUGACAAAGCUUGUACAGUUGAGUGGAUUGCACGAUCAAAAAUCAAUGUUGAUCUGUACUAUAAGCAAAUGAUCUUGAGAUUGGUGCUUAUCAUGUGCUUACUGUGUGUGAACUGUGAGAAAUACUAUGAUGUUCUUUUCAAAGUGCUCAGUAUCGAUGAUGUUAGGAAUCAGCUUGCGGAGGAACUUUAUGACAUUCUUCAACGAGGAACAGAGAACAACUACAUUCAGAUCAAUGAUUUUGGAGAAGCUUUUCAAAAAGGCGGAGAUCCACUUUUGGUUGUUAACCUUGGUGAGAUUGUUCAGGGAGUUGAGUAUUCCAACAUUGUCUCUGUGCAGUUGGGAGCAGACUGCAGCAGAGAAGAUAUCUUGAGUUUGUUGCUUCCCGCUGAAACAGACAAUUCAAUAGAUCAAACAAUCACUGUUCCAGAAGUCAUUUCUUGAGCGAAUUUUUCCUCACAUUGUGGUGAUCAGCCAAAGAUUUCGAUCGUUACUCCUGUGUCAGAUCAGUACGUGCAAAUGAAUUGGGCUGUGUUUCAGGAAAUAUCAGACGUCUUGAAGUCUAGUGGCAGCGAUGACAGUGUAAUUUCUGCAAGUGUCUCGACUGUUAAUUUGAAGGAGGAAGUGAAUUUUUAUGUAAACUUCUUAACCACUGCAAUUAAUCUGUGCUCAGAGAAGAAACUUUAUGUUGCCGAGGACACGAUGGAGGAAACAAGUAAUAUGCUUCAGGAGCUGAUACAACUCCAUUCAUUGAUGAAUACGAGUACUCUGGAAAAGGAAAAUAUUGAACAAUUGCUAAAGAGCUUGUUGUCAAGAAAGCCCAAGCUAGAAGUUUUCUUGCCCAAGGAUAUAACCGUCGUGUUAGAGAACCAAUGCACGGAGAAACAUGAUGUAUCGUGUGAUGAAGUUGCCACAAUUGAUCUUCUUCCGUCUACUAGUACUUCCGAGACCCGAGGUGGUUACCAGGCCGAAAGGAAGCUUGGGAAAGGGAAGAGGAAAUCUAAGAAAUCAAAACGAAAUAGGAAGAAAUAAACAAACAUGCCAAAACCACAGGAUAAGAGUGAGUAUAUGAUAUGGUUCUGCUACUAUACUUUUUGUGCUUUUUUUGUUUGUGAGUAGGUUCUUUCCUAGAACCUGCUAAUGCGGUAUGGUUUGAAUAAACAAACAUGUCAAAACCAUAUGAUAAGAGUGAGUAUGAUGAGGCUUGCUACUAUUUUGUA